AUGAGUGAAUUUAAGACAAGUGAUGCAGCAGAUUCAUCCUUCGGUGAGAAGACUAUUGAGCGCUCACUACAAGAAAAUUCUCCCCGGUGGUUACAAUGGGCAUUCAAAGUAGAUUCGAUAGGUUUUGAGGCAAGAGGAAUUGAAAGAGUUACCCCUGAAGAAAGAAGAGAGCUCGCACUGAAUCAAAAACAUUCUAAGCUAAUGCAAUUAAUCCAUGUUAUGGGAUUGUGGUUUGCAGCUUGUGGUGGUCUCACUACGAUGUCUUCGUUCUUUCUACCAACUUUGAUAUAUGGCCUCAAUGUCAAAGAUUCAAUGGUGAGUGGGAUUGUAUCUAUGGUCAUUGGAUGUUUGGUUCCUGCGUACACCUCUACAAUGGGUGCAAAAUCUGGCUUGAGGCAAAUGGUUAGUGCUCGGUUUCUCUUCGGGUGGUGGGGAGUUCGUUUUAUUGCUGUUGUUUGUAUUGUUGGUGGAGUUGGAUGGUCUGUGGUCAAUUGUGUACUUGGUGGUCAAGUUCUUUCGGCAAUUUCUUCUGGAAAACUACCUCUUGAAGUUGGGAUCGUGAUAAUUGCCGUGAUAAGUUUGGUUGUUGCAGUUUUCGGGAUUAAAGUGUUACUUCGUUUUCAAACUAUUUUGGCAAUCCCGAUUGCAGUGGCAGCCAUCUUAUUCUAUGUGGUGGUAUGUAAGAAAUCGGACUAUUUUGCAAAGACCGAUGCGCAAAUUGCAGAACAAAGACUAAGUUCUGCAACUCUGAGGGGAAACUGGCUCUCUUUUUUCACUGUAGGUUACUCAGUCACAGCUACUUGGGGGAGUGGCGCAGCUGAUUACUAUAUUUUAUUCCCAGAAGAUACACCAUCCUAUCAGGUAUUCCUAUUGACUUUCCUUGGAAUUGCAAUUCCUUCGGCUUUUGUUUCAGUUUCAGCAGUGUUGUGUGGGUGUAUUGCCUACCUGUAUGAACCGUGGAACAAUGCAUAUAAUGAUUACGGAAUUGGUGGAUUACUAGAAGAAGCAUUCAAAGCUUGGGGAGGAUUUGGAAAAUUUGUUGUUGUUCUCUUCUAUAUUUCUCUAGUUUGUAACAACAUUAUGAAUACUUACUCCUGUGCCUUUGAGUUCCAAUUGAUUGACAAAAAGCUUGCUAUGGUACCGAGAUGGAUCUGGGCCACACUUGUCACAAUAAUAUACCUUGCCAUUUCUUUAGCUGGAAGACUGCAUUUAUCCACGAUUAUCAGUAAUUUCCUUCCAAUGUUGGGCUACUGGAUUUCCAUGUAUAUUACGAUUUUGUUAGAAGAGAACUUAUUAUUUAGAGGUUCUGAACUGGGCAAGAAAUUACAUCACCAGGAAUUUGCCCAGGACGCAGACGAAGAAUUAGACAAUUCAGCACCAAUCCAAUCAUGGGUGAAAGAUUUGUAUAAUUGGGAUAUGUGGGACAAUCCAAAAUAUGUCACAUUAGGAUUGGCAGCCAGUGCUUCCUUCGCAAUUGGUGUAGUAGGAGCAGUGGUAGGGAUGAACCAAACGUACUGGCAAGGACCAAUUGCCCGGAAAAUUGGAGAAAAUGGUGGUGAUAUUGGGUUCUGGUUAUGUAUGGCGUUCAGUGGAGUGAGUUAUCCAUUAUUAAGAUAUUUUGAAUUAAAGAAGUUUGGUAGGUAG